AUCUACAUGUUCUGAUUGCCCCGUUUUGUAACACCUAAGCCAGAAUUGGGUUUACCCGGAUAUAAGCCUCUUUUCGGAGCUAAAAUCUUACAUGAACACACCCCACUUGCCAACAAAUUUAUCAAAUAGAACUCGUCAUAUGAGUCUAGAAUUCUUUAAGUACGUUUUCCACGAUAUAAGCACCAAGUGGGGGGGAAUCUUACUGCAUAUGUAGGUCUCGUCUCAGUACACGCGGGAACAAAUGCUUCAUUCUUAUGAUAUAUGCAACAUACAUGAAUAAUGACGACAGCAUCCCUUCAAAAGUCCGAUAUGCGGAGUAUCUUAUGGCGAUGGAUGAAGUAGGAAGGAGAUUUCAGUUAAAGCUUGAAGACAUUGAUAAGUCGAGACAUUCAAGAUUUGAAAGCUCUCUUGAAAUUCUCUCAAUGCGAAAAAUCAGAAUGAAUCUGUAACUGCUCUGGAUAUUUCAUCUACUACAAUUUUUUCUAAUCUUCAAUAUGAAAUCAUACUUUCUGCG